AUGGCGUCCGCUUCAACCCGUCACCUCCUCCUCAUCGCCGUCGUUCUCGCCGUGUCGCACUCCGCCCGGGCCAACCCCCCGGUCACCAUCGGGCAGGCGUGCAAGCUGUACGCGAAGCAUGCGGUGUCCUGCACGGACGCCCUAGCGAAGGCCCCGGGGAUGCCGGUGGUGCCCAUGCCCCUGCCGGUGCUGGCGGAACUGGCGGUGACCCAUGCGGCGGCGAGCGGCGCCGCGGCGCUGGCGUUCAUCAAGAGGAUGGAGAUGCUCGCCGGCGGGACGAUGCCGCUGGACUGCGUGGAGAAGUGCGUGGAGAAGUUCCAGACGGCGGUGGCGGCGCUGCAGAAGAACAGGGCGGCGAUCAUCGAGCACAGGGACGUGGCCCGCGUGAAGAGGUGGGUGAGGGCGGCGAGGGCGGACGGCGAGACGUGCAUGGACGGGUGCCACAUGAAGGAGGGCGGCGCCGACCCCACCAUCAUCCGCAAGAUCACCGACCUCGGCAAGCUCUGCUCCGUCGCGCUCACUCUCGCCGAUGCCGCCGCAACCCAUGGCUAAUAAUCUUUGCGCCUUGCUUUACCUUAAUUUAUCUCUCACGUGCUUAUGUUUGUACUACAGUGCACUGUUGAAUUUGUAUUUUGUAAUUCUAAGCAUACUUAGCUAA